AUGAGCUCCGGGUCUUUCGGGUCCUUCUACCCAAGAUUGAACGCAUUCGGCUCUGGGAUCGACCAAUUAAAGGAGCAACUGGGGAACGCUCAAACCUACGCUCAGCACCUGGAGAGGCGGUUGGAGAACAGUCAAGACCGAUUGUCUCAAGUGAUUGCUUCUGCCCAGAAAGUGGACGGGUACAUCCAUGAUCUAACCUCGAGACUUUCUGUGCAAGCCGCUGAAGACAUGCUCUACUACAUGACUAGCAGGCAGCUUGAUCCUAUCACACUUGAUGCUACCAGGCUUAGGUACCUCGACCAAACUCAACAGAUUCUAGCUAGUAGAUAUAGCAAGGCUUUCCUUCCGAAGGUCCGGGAGGACGUCUGGUCAUCUUGGAGAGAAGGGGCAAGUACCAAUGAGGACCUUUCACAAGUCCUGGAAGCGAUCACCAAAAGACCGGAUGUGACCUGCGCUGAUCUUGAAAGAGUAAGGUACAAUGUAUCCUAUGGCCAACCACCUGCAGAAUGUCGACCUGAUUCCGAUUUGGCGAACAUCACAACGAGGAAAACUUUCAUCUGCGACAAUUUCAUUGGCAAGUGGGAGAUAGAGGACAUGAUCGAUAAGGUCUCCAAAGGUUUAUUCACUUGA